UAUUGUCCAAUACCGACAUUCGUAUUGUGAUUUGUGGCUGAGAAUAUUUCCUAUAAUAUUUUACUCUAAUACCUAUUCACUAUUUAGUAUUUGUUACUUUGUUAGUAAUUAUUUAUUGUGAGUUAGUGACUUACGACCACUUGGCAUUCGUUAGUAGUUCAAUACUCAGUGAUUACUCCGUGGCUGUGCUUUCCUUUAAUUGCGGUUUUGCGUUUAAUCAUAAAAUUAACGUUUCAUAAUUUACAAUAACUAUUGACUAUUUUAUUAGGUAUAUUGUUGUAACGUUUACUAUAUAAGAUUUUAGUGCUCCAAACAUUUUAUUAUUUAAUACAUUUCAAUAAUUAAAUAAGCGUAGAUUGAAAGGAGAAUCGAGAGGAAUAUUUAUUAAUUAUAACCUACCUAUAUAUUUUGGUUUAUUGAUCUAAAAGGUUGAAAAUCUAGAAGAUAUGGAGUUAUGGAGUAAUAGUAUGUCUGGACGUAUAGGAAAAACGGAUCAAAGUGACCAAACUGAUCCGAAUGAUAAAUCAGAAAAAGUUUAUCAGGAGAUCCUUAAUGGUUGUUGUUUACCUGAAACAAUUAUAAAUAAAUACAUGGAAAUGAUAACUAAACUUUCUCCCAAAUUGUACGCGUUCAAUACAAAUUUUUUCACCGCCUUUUCUUAUUACGGAUACUCCCGCAUUCAUCGGUGGACCAAAAAUGUUGAUAUAUUUUCAAAAGAAAGAUUGUUCAUCCCUAUUUAUUUCAGAUCAAAUAGAAUGUGGAGUUUAAUUAAUGUUAAUUUUCAAGACCAAUCAAUUAGAUAUUAUGAUAGCGUUGGAAGCGGAUACCGGGGGGGUAUAAGAUACCAAAAAGUAAUAUUGAAAUUUUUAAAACUGGAAUAUUUAAUGAGAAAGCGAAAAUUUUUUUGUACAACCCGUUGGAAGUAUAUUAAUGUGAAUAGUUUACAUCAUGGAUUUAAGUUUUGGGAUAGUGGAUUAUUUGUGUGUCUUGCUGCACACCACUUCGCACGGAACGCAUCAGAAGAUGCUAAACUGACUUUUACUUCAAAAUCCGUUGGUGGUCAAGAAAACGUCAAGAAAAAACUUAUAUUACAACUUAAAAGCGGCUCUUUAAAUACUCUGAAAAUUUAAAGAUCUUUAAAUUAAAUAUAAUAUUAUCUUCUAUAAGUUUGGUGUGUGUUAUAUAUGUUGAAACUCCCUUAUGAAUUAUUCAGUUUUAAUGUUAGUAACCCAAUAGUUAAUAAGUAAUUAUAUUUUGGUAAAUUAAAUAUUGGCAUAUUCAUUAUGUUAUUCUUUAAUAUUAAUUGUUAUUGCAAA